UGCCGAGUGCUGUAAUGGCUAAUCUUGCCAUUGUGUGUGUGAAUUCCUAAAUUUUCUCAUAAAUUUCUACCAUCUUCAGUGUCGAUAAUCAUUAGAUGACCCCCUGGAAUUGUUAACUAUACGCUGAAAGUUGUUACUAAAAUAAAAUCUCAGGUUUUUAUGAGCAAAAGUCGCGAGUGGCUAUCGUGCGUCUGUCGUAUCGUGUUUUAACUCAACGUCGUCGUCGUCGUCGUCCUCUGAAAAUUUAUAAUAAUAAUUUUCGGCGGAUUUCGCACAGUCAAAGAAAAGUAGAAAAGAAUCCAUUUCGAUAUAAAGAAAAACUAAAGAACGCUCAGUGCGGCGUGUAAAAAUGGACUUCAAAUGAUUAUCUCAAGGAAUUUUCCCCUCACUAUUAUUAAUCAUUUUCAUCUUCAUGCUUCAUCUUCUUCUGCUGCUGCUUCUUGUCGUGGAUGUUUAUGGGAUGUGGUGCGCGUGCCCAAAUCCUGGAUAUUCGUAUGAUAAUGCACGUUGUAAAUACAUAACAUCAUAAUGCUAGACUACGAUCCGUCAUCGUCCCCUCGUCCUGUGUAUGCAUAUUAUAAAUAAUCAUUUCAAACAAUCAAUAGAUGCCAGGUAAUCGAUAAUUAAUCAAAGUUUAAAAUCGUGUAGCGCUCGAUGCGUCUCGGAAACUCAACAAAAAUUGAAAGCUAAAAACAAACAAAAACCAAAAUAAUAAGAAGAUGACUACAAAUAGGAUUCAAGAUAGGAGUAGUCAGAGGCUUAUUCAUUUUUUAUCUUUUUGUUAACCUCUCCUAUCUAGACUUUUAAAAGUAACAUUUUUCUUUUAUCAUCAGAUCAUAAACCAAUAAAACCAGUGAAAAGUUUUUUAAACUUGUGUAAUUGUGAAGUAUUAGUAUAUUAGUAUUUGUGUAUCAGUGGUUAGCCAAAAUGGAAGAGCAAAGCGUUCACAGCAGUACAAGCGAUAUAAAUAGUGAGGAGGCAGCAAAGACCGAGCCGCUGAUAAUACCCCGCAAAAAGAGAAUAUGCCUAGUUGGAAGCACAGGAGAAGACCCAGCGCUUGGAGCAGCUGCCCAGCAGUUCAGUGUCCCUGUAUUGAAGUCAGAAACAGGAACGGAGUAUUUGGAAGAUACAACAUAUUGCACUUAUUUCAUACUUAUGAAAUUUGAAGGUCCCGAAUACGAUGCUCUUCACAAAAGCGCCCAUAGGAUACUUGGGCCAACUGCUCUGCUCCAGUUGGCUGAAAAAAAGGAUUCACUGCCCAGUAUAAACCGGCCAAUGUACACCCAAGCAAUGUUGGGAUCUGUUGUUGUUUUUACCGGGUUUAGGAAAAAAGAAGAAUUGACAAAGUUGAUCAACAUGAUCCACAGUAUGGGCGGUAGCAUAAGGAAAGAAAUGGGUGUAAAAGUAACGCACUUGAUAGCAAACUGCUGCGGGGGUGACAAAUACAGAUAUGCCGUCACAUUCAGGGUUCCAAUUAUGUCCAUGGAUUGGGUUACCGCACUUUGGGAUGCAAGGGACGAUCUCACAAGUUUUGGUUCCAAUGACAAACUGAUAGCAGCUCACAAGUUGAAACCCUUCUUUGGCGCAAAAGUCUGCUUUUUCGGUUUUCCUGAUGAGGAAAAAAAACACAUGUGCGAGGUCUUGCAGCAACAGGGCGGAGAACCCGCAGAAAUUGACGACCCUAAUUGUACACAUGUGGUAACUGACAAAGACGACAACUGUGGUACUUCAAAAUCAGUUGAAACUAAUUCAAUUCCUGUCCGCUCAAAAUACCCACCAUUUUCCUUCACUUAUUAUAACCCCUACACAAACCAAAUUCCGACAAUUGAUAAGAGAAAUGGUAACGCAGAGACUGUUUCUUCCCAUUUUAAAGACUCUGGCCAAGAUCUUGACAAUCCUAAAUGCAAAAAAAACAGUGAAACUUUUUCUGAUCAUCGCGAGUGCACGCGACAAUCCAACAGUGGUAUGAACGAAACAUCCAGUCAAUAUGAUUCUGCUAUUUCUUUGGAUAGCACUUCUUUCAUUCCUGACGACUCUUGCGACUACGCUUUUGAUUUUAUUGCUAAUAUUUCGAGCUCAACUAGAACUUCUCAGGGAUCUGACGAGGGUUUUGUUUCUCUAAAUUCGUCUCAGCUAUUCUCUACCUGUAGUAAUUUCUGCCGAGAAGAUGAUGACACUUCUUCGUCUUCCUUAUUCAAAAUCACCACUGAAAUGAAGAAAGAGAAGAAAUCGUUUAAGAGCAUUGAAUCGGUAACUCCCCUGAAUAUCAUCCAGCCAAAAAAUCGGUCUAAAAAAACUUUAUGGAAGAAGUCAAAGUCAUGUAUCUUGGUUAGCAAGCCAUUGCCCUCCACCAGAAGCAAAAUAUUCUUCAGAAAUCAUUCACAACCCAAUUUAUCAAAUUUCAAGAUGACAACAAAGAUUUUUAGGAAGAAUUCUGUACCUGCUCAUCCUCAAUUCUCAAGAUUUCGAACCCUCCUGCUUCACAGAAUGAUUAACCAUGCAGGAUUUCCCUCAAAUUUUUGCCCCAGGAAUUUGAUCCCCAAUUCUAGAAACCUGUAUCCAAAAAUUCACCUUCCUCGUCGAAGAUCACAGAGAACACUCGGCCCGAAUCUUAGUACAACCAGAAAUUGGAGGAUUGGUCAGAGAACCGCCGAUCACCAAGCUAUCACAGAGAAAAUGGAAACGGAAAAUGAAAAUCCGGAUUUUUUGCCGGUCGUUGAUGAGUCCAAUGUGAAUUCUCUACCUGAUUUAGCAUCCGUCAGAGCCCACAUAGUGAAAGCUGAGUGGUUCUGGACGUCCGUACAGAACGAAGGCGCUGCAGAUGAAAAAGAGUACCUGUUCGAAGAUUAUUUGGAAUCUGUUGUAUCACCGUUGGCAACAGCACGGAGGGACAGUCAGGCAGCUACUCCAACUACAGCUUCAACAAGGAGAAAACGCAAGAGACUCGCUGAAACUUUAUCUAGUCUAGUUCAAAAUGGUGCCGAUUCCCCAGCCGUCCAUAAACGAAGAUCAAGCAUAAGUGACGCAGGACAUCUGAGUGUCAGUGGAAGUUUUUUAGACUGCACUUCGAGCCCAGAUAAACAACUGGAUGAGGUAGAAGCUGCCAGCACAGAAACAACGAGAAAAAAUCUUUCCCCUAGACAUCAAGUAUUCUUAGAACUUGUAACUACCGAAUCUAACUACGUCGGAAUCCUUAGCACAAUUAUGACGCUGUUUAAAUCUCCGCUUGAAGACCUGAUAGAAACAAGUGGUGAGCUUUUAAACAGUACGGAGGCAAAAAUAAUAUUUGGAAAUUUUCCUCCGAUAUACGAAGUGCACAAACGGAUGCUCGAAGAGCUACGAUACAAUGCUGGUCACUGGGUAGAGGACGUUAGCAUAGGAAAUAUAUUUUUAAAGUAUGCUCCAGACCUGGUCAAAGCGUAUCCUCCAUACGUUAAUUUCUUUGAAAAUACUAAAGAAAUGUUGGAGGAAUGCGAUCAAAACAAACCCAGGUUUCACGCGUUUCUUAAAAUCUGUCAAACCAAACCAGAAUGUGGGAGGCAGAGCCUCAAAGAACUGCUCAUUAAACCUGUACAGAGGUUGCCCAGUAUUAGCUUAUUGUUAAAUGAUAUUCUUAAGCAUACCAAUAAAAACAAUCCAGACCACAGUGCUUUGGAGUUGUCUAUAAGUAGCAUAAAGGAGGUGAUGACGUAUAUAAAUGAAGAUAAGAGAAAAACUGAGGGCCAGUUGGUCAUGUUUGACAUAUUCAACGAGAUAGACAACUGCCCGCCCCAUCUGGUAUCUUCACAUCGUUCAUUCAUAGGAAAAUGCGAAGUUAUGGAGCUCGGUGAGGGACUCAGUGGACGGGGGGAUCACCUUGUGCUUUUCUUAUUCACCGACACGCUAGAAAUAUGUAAAAAGAGAUCGAAAGCCUUCAACUCCCUAAAGAGCCCAAAAGAAGCUAAUGGACUACAUCCCACAAAGCUUAGUCAAGGAAAACCAUACAAACAUAUCAGAAUGCUGUCGCUCAAUACGAUAAAGAGGGUUGUGGAUAUCAAAGAAACUGACGAAUGUCAUAAAGUAUUUGCUCUGAUGGUUCGGAGCAAUCAGGAGCUGAAGGAAAAACUUUUUUCUUUUACUAUUACGGACGAGGAAGUUAACAAGACUAAUUAUCUAAGAAUUCUAUGCAGACAGAUGGCCAACUCCGUGUGCAAAGCCGACGCGGACACAUUUUUGAUCAGUCUGGAUUCCCAUCAGUUAGAAAUCGACACGAGCGACGUAGCUUUAGGAACUUUGAGUAAAGCAUUUAAGAGCCUAUUUCAUAACUUUUACCUGGAGUAUAUGGACCCGUAUGUGUUCCUACUCAAUAGCAUGUGUGAAACCACGUUACAUGUCCCACUGCCGUUCGCCUCUCGCACGAGAAUGAAAGUUGGACGAGCUUUUAGUUUUAACAAGACACCAAGCAAACUAAAAAGAGCAAUGUCUACGAUGAUGUCACCCUUUGGAUCUACGAACAGUUUGACACCCGCAAGUCAACAACUCGCUCAGAUGCGGUUAGCCAGCUGUAAUAACAUUAACGAACUUGGUAAUGGCGGUUCGGGCUCCCCUACGAGAGAUGACGUAUUGGUAGCUCCGAUGUCUGUUCAGCCAACCCGAAAAGCUAAAUGCAGUUCUCUUAGCAUGGCAUCAUUAAGAAGAAACUGUUCGGAGGAGGUUGUGCAGGAGAAAAAAACUGAACUUUGAGUGGCGACGAAUUAAAAAGCAAAAGAGAAUAAUUGGCAACGAGGAGAAAAAGAAUUUGAUCUUCAAGGAUUAUAAGGAAAAAUGGGAGGCGAUGAAACAAUCCGAUGAUAAUCGAUGGAUUUAUUGUAUAGCGGAUAUAAUAAUGUACAUAAUUAAUUAAUUUAUUUAUUAAUUGAUAAAUCGUACAGAUUGUAAUGAUUAUUUUUGAAAGUUGAAAACUCACUUCCUGUUUGCCUGGUAUGUAUUCCUAUCGAGUCACUGUGUCUGUGCGAGUGUAUGCUGUGAGGAGAAAUCUAUUUUUCUUUUUUUUUCUUCAUUUCACUCUUCUUUUCUUAAAAUUCAACAAUGGUCUGCAAGAAAAUUACUUUUUAACGAACGAAAAGUGCAUAUUCGUACGAGGCAGCGAAUAACGUGAAUCGAUGAAUCAUUUCAAUAUGAUAGCUUCUCGUUCUGGUAUCAUCGUGUAAUAGAGAAAAAAAAAUCCAACGAAAGAAAACGGUGUAUUUAUCUCUGUAUUUUCAUCUCAGGGAACGGUAUAAAAUAAUUAUGUUAUAAUGAUGAUGAUGAUAAUCAUUUUAAUGAACAUAGUAAUAAUAAUAAUAAUAAUAAUAAUUAGAAUUGCAGUGUUUCACUGAGAUGUAUGAGAUGUAUUGUAGUACUACUAUUAACAUCUUGAAAUGUAUUUCUGUGGUGUUUUAGAUAUUAAGAUUUAGAAGAAGAAAAAUUUUAUUAUUAGUUUUGUAUAAUACCGAAGAAAAAAGAAAAACAUGUGAAAGAACAGUAAUCAAUAAAUAAAUAAGUAAUUCCUGGUGAAAAAACAAAAUUGAAAAAAAAAAAUGAAUAACAAAAAAAAAAGAUCGGAGAAUUAGAUAGCUUUUUUUUUUGCAAUCUUUUGAUCUAACAAUUGGAUAUUAAAAAAUUGAAAUUAUUUGACAAGAGCUAAAUAUAUUAACUAAGUAUUUGAUUAUACAUAAUAAACGAUUAUUUAAGUGCAAAAAAUAAAAUACAUAUAUUUAAAACUUCGAAGAAAAAAGGACACUUUUUUUGUUAAAAAAGUCAUCGUCAUUUUGAAAACUAAAUUAGGGUAUACAAUUUGAAGAGAAAAAAGAAUUGAAAGAUUACAAGAAAAAAAUAAAUAAAUAAAUACAAAAGCAUGUAGAAAAAGUGAUGGAUUAAAACGUUGUAAAAUAA